AUGUCGCAGAACAUGUUCCAGGAGGGGCUUUACCAGGUGUUCUUUAGGGAACGCCCCCUGCCCCGCCCUGUGCCAGUCAGCUCCACCCCCGAGCAGCUGAGGGAGGUGCGCAUCAGCCGUUGGUUUGGAACGGUGGUCAACACGCGCCUCCUCAUUACUGGGGUGGUGCAGGUGCUCGGUGCUGUGGCCUCCAUUCUGACCACUGUGUCUUUCGUCUGCAUGGACUUUGGAUGCUCUGUGUCUAUGAUGACGCCCGUUUGGUGUGGAAUCUUUUAUGUGGCCAUUGGGGGGUUCGCCAUUGAAGUUCAGAGGAAACCAAACAAAGUGAAGGUCAGCACCCUCAUGGGCCUCAACAUCUUCAGCCUCAUCCUGGGUUUCUGUGCUGUUCUCACCCACAGUCUGCAUAUCACAACCCAGACCACAUUGUCCAGCAGGGAGCAGUGGGUAGGUGCCUAUGUGGCGAAGGGUAGCUCCAUAUUCUUCACACUGCAAUGUGUACUGGCCUCUGCCUACACACUCUUCCUCAUCUGGAGGGGUCUGAGUCGCUACAGCACCCCCUACAGACAGUCCUACUGCGCCCUCCCUCAGGGUGGAGAGGAGCAGUCAGACCUCCUGCUCUCUGCUGAUAGUGGAGACUUCAGUCUCUGACUGGCCCCUCAGAGAUGCACCUGCAGCAAGACACCCCGGGGACUUUCUGUGAAAACACCAGCCGCAGAUAAAUGUCAUCUUAACUCUGUGAGCACAGUGAGAUUAUAGCAGCAUCCUGACCACGUACAUUUGAGAAAAAUGACAUCCACACAAUCACCACACUU